AUGUUAAAAUAUUCAAUUAUUUUAUUUCUAUUUUUAAUUAUAUCAAUUGUUUUGGCUCAGGAAAAGCCACCUACAUUAAAUGUAGUAUGUACUAUAUAUGAUCAACAUCCAUCUAAAAAUACAAAUUUUGAAAAUAAGGCUAUCGGGAGCUCGAGUACAGGAGUUGUUAAAGGUAUAGUAAAACAGACUCUUAAUUCUACAACAAAAGUACCAGAGCUCAGUGGAAAUUCCGAUGCUGCCUACAAGGCAUUCAUCAGAGACCCGAGUUUAUUUAAAACAUUUUUCCUUCCAGACGAUGUGAACAAACAAAUUCAAUACAAUUUAACUUUGAAAUUAACAGAUGGUAUAUACUCUGUCUCCAUACCAUCAUUCUUUCCAAUUAACUAUCAAGGAUGGGAUGACAAAGUAUAUAAUUUGCAAAAAUAUGCUGAUGGUAAGGGAGUAUAUCAAAAUUUUCAUUUUUGUGUUGUCAGCAACAUGUACUUUACCUACCAAGGCUAUGAGAAAUUCACUUUUAAGGGUGACGAUGAUGUAUGGGUAUACAUUGACAAUAAACUAGUUGUCGAUAUAGGUGGAGUUCAUUCUGCUGAACCUGGUGAAGUCAAUGCUACUUUCAUGAGUACAUUGGUAAAAGGAAAUACCUAUCCAUUGGAUUUCUUUUAUUGUGAGAGACAUGUUACUCAAUCUACAUUGCAAAUGGAAACCAAUCUACCAUUGUUCUGUCCAAUCAUAGAUUAUUGUGGUGUUUGUAGUGGUGAUGGAUCUACAUGUUGUGACUGUAACGAUGGUGAUCCAUGUACUACUGACAUUUGUCCAAAACCAGCAGAGGGAAUUACCAACAAAAAUUAUAAAGAAUUUUGCCAACAUAUUCCUAAAACCUGUGAUCAGAUCGAUACUUGUUUCAACUAUGCUUGCCAAAAAGACAAAAAUGGAACAUGUGCCAAGACGACUCCAAUUGAAUGUGAACAAAAGAGUUGCAAAAAGGCUACUUGUACCAAUGGAUCCGGUUGCCAAUAUACCGAUCUUUGUGUUGCCCAAGAUAAAUGUCAUACCACUACCUGUGUGAAUGGAACUUCCUGUAGUCCACAAAAACCAAAGCAAUGCGAUGAAGGAAACAAGUGUAAGAGCUAUGGAUGUGAUCCAGACACAGGUUGUACUUCGAGUCUUAAGAAUUGUGCCAAUGCAACCGAUACCAAUCCAUGCAACCAAUAUUACUGUGAAGCCGGCACCGGUCUUUGUAAAUUCAAUACUCUCAGCGCCACAGAUUGUGCAUGCUGCAAGGAUGCCAAACCAAAUCUUUGUCAAACUGCUACUUGUGAUUCCAAUUCCGGUAAAUGUAUCAUAUCAAACAUCACUGUCGAUGACAACAACUCUUGUACCAACGAUCAAUGCGAUCCAAGCACUGGAAAGAUAACAAACACUCCAAUCGUUUGUUCAGGUUGUCAGAAUUGUGUUGGUGGAUCAUGUGUUGGAAAUGAUACUGUUUGUAACGAUUACAAUGAAUGUACUAAUGACAAAUGCGGUGCCAACAAGACAUGUGAAUACUCAGAGAAUUCAUGUGACGAUGGCAAUCCUUGUACCGACGACUUUUGUCAUCAAAACACCGGUUGCUACCAUGUAGAUACUGUAUGUCCUGGUGUAGGAGAUUGUCAAGUUGGAUACUGUCAAGCCGGUGUAGGUUGCCAGACCAAGAAACGUGAUUGUUCAACCGGUUUGUUCUGUACUGAUGCCAUUUGUAUUGAAGGUGUAGGUUGUGCCAAUUUCACAAGAAAUUGCGUUGGUGACAAUCCACAGUGUGAGAAAGGUACUUGUAACACAGAGACUCAGCUGUGUGAAUAUCAUGAAUAUUCACCAAAGCCAUUCGGUUGUAAUAAGGCAGCGGUGAUCUCCACUGGUGUUGUAGCAGGUGUGGUUGUGGCGGGUGCAGUCGCAUUGGCUAUCGCUGUUUUCGGUGGUAAGAAAGGUUACGAUGCAUGGAAGAAUAGACAAGCCAGUGGAUUAACCAAUGUAAACAACAACCCACUCUACCAAGAGAAUCCAAACAACCAAGAGAAUCCACUUUAUAUCGACCAUGGUGGUCUAGAAAACAACAACAAUUUAACUCAAACAUUAAAUCCAUACAGACAGAUCGACAUGUCGAUACUGUUGGAAAUUUAA